AUGUCGCGGCAUAGACUUGUCAGGAAUAUGAACAUACAUGAGGAAUUAGAUGACGAUGCCAUGGACGAUGGGGAGGAUGAGCUCACUCCCGAACAAGAGGAGCAAUUGACAAACGGGUUGGAACAAGUUCGGAACGUCAUAGGUUCUGAGCGCGAAUCAGGCUUAGACGACAAUACCAUCAAGAGUGUACUAUGGGAUCAAUAUUUCGAUGUGGAAAGGAGUGUACAUCUACUACUAGAGGAGCAAGAGAGAAGACGCGUAGCCCAGGAGCGCAAAGGGGACCCCGGGGAAUACUAUGACCAGUUCUCUGAGGCGUCUACGCCGCGCCCUCCAAUCAUCCGCCUGAGCACGAUCACGGAGAGGACGGAGCGGACAGAGGAGUCCACGAUAGGUCCCCGGCUGUCGGCGUACGGUCCCCGGACCAUCGUGCCAGACCCAAACGAGAUCCCGCCCUCGCCCUCGCUGUCUGCCCUGCAGCGGCUGUCCAUCCGCGAGCCUCCGCCGUCGCUGCCCAGGUCCGAGUCCGCCAGUCCGGCGUCGACGCCCACCCCUCCGCGUUCGCCGCCGCCGUCAGUCCCGCCGAUAGAGACCAUUCCCGAUAUCCCGGAUUACUCGUCCGCGUCCGCCCACGGCGCGCCACCUCAGCAGCCGUCUGCGCCUCGUCGGCCCGUCUCCACCGUGUCAGAGAGGACAGAGAAGUCAGACACGACGGUCAUGCCUAAGAAGCAGUCUAAACUGUCUGCCCUGGCAAAUUCAAGAUCGCGCGCAAGUAUGACUUCGGCCACCAGCAGGACUACGUUAACGCAUGAUGAUGGUGCUGACACGGCCUCAUUCGUGACCUACCCCGCCUUGAGGCCCUCACCAGCAUCGCAGAUGUCUCUAGUCCCAUCCGAAGCAGAGACGACAUCAACGUCGAUGUCUUCGCACGACAAGGAGGCUGCUGCCGCCGCCGCCGCCAAGGGGGCCGGAUCUGAGGCCGGCCAGUCCAGCACCAUAGACAAGGCGGGAGAAUCUGCCUCACCUUCUCGGGAAAGGAGCGUGGCCGGUUCGGAGAAGUCGCUGUCAUCUGCACCGUCGACGCGUAACGGGAAGCCCCCGUCGAAGCUGGCAUUGAUGGCACAGGCUAAAGCGAAGCAGGGCCAGUCAUACAGCCCGAAGCCCAAAUCCCAGCCCAGAUCGCCAUCUCCGAGAAGUAUGCUGCACGAGGCUCGUACAGAGUACCUAACGCCAAUAGCGAAUGGGGCCAGUGCGACCACUGCGAUCACCACGCAGUAUCAGACUUUAUACAAUCUCAUACCCCCAAAGAAGUCGGCCCUUCCCCCUUCCUACCCUCCUCCUGAGAAGGCAUCGUCAGAACCGAACGGCAAACAGUCUAAGUUGGCGAUGAAGGCGCGAAGCCGGAUGCAACAGCGCAGUGUAGCUCCCACACAGACGGAGGAAGAAGAGCCUAUCGUGCUCCCCGAUCUGCAAUUGUUCUCGUCCAAAGCGACCCGCUCCCGUGCGUCGCCAUCGCCUUUCGCUUUACUGCUUACUGGGGAUGAGGGUCUGACGACUUCCGGUAAUAAAGGCGAACACUCUUCCGCAUCUGAAAGCGAAAGCAGGCGGAGCAGGCGCACCCAUUCCGACCACUCGGUCUCUACCACCGGAUGGUCGCAUAGGCGGGAGAAACCCAUGCCCGCUAUACCAUCCAUAGGGCAUACUGGCGGAUUCACCUUCGACUCUCCCAGUCCGGACGAUAUCGUCCACAACGCGCGUCGGGGAACUUCGCUGGCCCAGGCGAGCCGCGCGCCUGCUGCGAAGCAACGCGAGAAGGCGGAGAAGCUGGCGCAGCAGAAGAAGGCGGCUGAGGCGAGUGCGAGGGCGCCGUCCCCUGCUGUGAAGGCGCCUGCGCGUAAGAAAGCGGGAGCAGGGGCAACGUCAACGGCUAUGCCUCUCCACAAGAAUGCGACUGCCACUGACCAGCGCGAUCUUGAUAUGUCCGGGCUGAACUUGAAGGAUGAAGACGAGGGGCCGGUUGUCGAUGAAGAGCCCCCGAAGAUUACUAUUGCUAGGGAGAAGCUGCUGGAGGAAGCGCGUAAGGCGCUUGAGGCGUCAGAAAAUGGGAAAAGGGCGUCGACGCUCAUGGGGCGCCUGCUGUAUGAGCUCGGAAGGAUCGACGAGAAACGGAGGAUUGCGAAUGAGAGGGGGAGUAAUAAGAUUGGUAAGGGCAGCUUCAGCUGGGCAUGGGAGCUGGACGGCACACAGGAGGAGCGUGAAAGGUGA